ACAAAACAGACGCUUAUUUGUGCGGCAUUUAACUUUUAAUCCAGUUUAUCAAAUCACACAGACAAAAUAUCGACAACGUAUUUCCAACUGGAAAAAUUAAUUGACACCACUGUUUCUGUAAAUCCCAUUUUUUCCUGUUUUCCACGCGGAACUAAAUACUGAAAGGCUAUUACGAUCACAUCGGAGGGAUUUUAAUGAAGCGCAACUAAGAAGCUGUGUUUAGAAAAAAAAAAACUGUUCCUACACAUUUAAAAAAAUUUAUUAAACAAAAAAUAUUAAUAAAAGGUUUGUGUUUCGCAGGUAACACCUGCAGCUAUGAUGACACACGGGUUUAAAAGCAGUAAACAGGGUUUCACAUUUGGACCAUGGCAGGUAACAGCAGUGAAAACGCACAUCAUGAAAUCUAAAGAUAUUGAACGUUUAGCUGAAGAAAUGCACAUGCCUUCCCUUCCCGAGAUGCUGUUUGGGGACAAUGUGCUGCGGAUACAGCACACGGACAGCUUUGGGAUCCAGUUCAAUGCUAUAGACGCACUGAAGUGUGUGAAUAACUUGCAGGAUUCAGUGAAGGUGGCCUGUGCACAGGAGUGGCAGGAAACUAGAGCAGACUCGGAGCAUUCUAAAGAAGUUGUGAAACGUUACGACUGGACGUACACUACAGACUAUAAAGGCACAUUGCUGGGGGAUAAUUUGAAGUUCAAGGUCACUACUACAGAUGAUCGUAUAGAUAUGGAGAAACUAAAAGCCAGAGAACAGAUUAUGUUCUUUGAAGAUGUUUUAUUGUUUGAAGAUGAGCUGCAUGAUCAUGGGGUCUCAAUGGUUAGCGUAAAAAUUAGAGUCAUGCCCACCAGUUUCUUUGUGUUGAUGAGAUUCUUUUUGCGAGUUGACGGAGUGCUUAUUCGGACGAAUGACACAAGACUCUACCACGAGACAGGCACAAAUUACAUGCUGCGUGAGUUCAGUACUCGAGAAAGCAAGAUUGCAAACCUCCAGAACGUUCCCCCUGCGUUUUACACAGACCCCAAUGAGAUUCAACAGUACCUUCCUAUAAAGCUGCUGCAGUGUGAAAAACUGGAAUUCCCAGACAAGGAGUCGGAUUCAGAAAUGACAGAACCUGAGCGGACGUGAACGGGGCAGACAAGCGCACGCUAAGGAAUCGGCACUUGUACUCUUGUUUUUCAUGAUAACUGAAGUGGACCUGUUUUGAGAGAAAUCCAGGCGUCUUGACUUGACAGCCAGCGUUUAGGGGAAAAGUGUUUUUAUUUAUACUCAUGCUGCAUAUACAAAAUAUAAUGGAAGGUAUCCACACUUUAAUUUAGGUAAGGCAGUUCAAGACUAGUGCUAACCUGACAAACCUGACAUACAUUUUAAUAAUGCAUGUAAAGGCUAACAUGAUUUAUUAAUCUGGGUUUAUAGAUAUAUAUAUGUAAAUUUGCUUUGUGAAUAACACCACAACGAGUCCCUGUUAAUACGAUAACUUUAAGCUUUAAAGGUGUAUUAACAAAGGUUAAUUAUCCGCAGUACCUUGUCCACUGCCUCCCUAGUUAAACGUUUGAUUUCUAACACCAUUUGUUAAUCUCACAUUUCCAUCCCUUAAAUCACAAUGGGGUGGAUUUCAAAGUGAGUGAAGGGAUUUAAUAGCAACUCAUCAAGAUGAGGGGAGCAGUGAAAGUGGUAUGGCAGCUGUCACAUUGAGUGACUACAGCUGAAAAAAGUCAAAUUUCCAUGACCGUUUUAAAAUUGCCUUUCUUUAUGGUCGAAUCUCUAAUGCUGCUAGCAACACCGUUAGGAUUACUUUUGCAGAAUCUGCUAUUCUAACCCAACAACUUUCUUGAGCCAGCCUCCAAAACAACAGGAAUCUGUCUGUGCAGUUUCCCAGGGUGCACCUUGGUAGCAAACCCAAGCAUGGUGAAAGCAUGGUAAAUGAAUAGUACAGUACUGUGUAAGCAUGUGAAAAGCUUGCUACAGUGUGCACAUGUGUAAUUGCAUAUGGGAAGGUUGUUUUCUGAAUUGGAGUUAAAUACCUUUAGAAAGUCAAAGUGUAUUGUUUUAGGAUAUUCCGAGCACCUCAAAGAGCUAAUAAAAAUGUCUAGCGGCACUAAUCAUGAUUGGUUAGGGCUUGUUUUUUUUUAAAGAAAUCAUCGCGGCACUUUUUUCUAAAAUUAAAUAAAAAAAUGAAUAAACUAGAAGGACCCCUGAUGUGUAACUAUUACAGUUCUAGUGACUUUAAUCUUUUUAUAAAUAUAAUUAUGCAGACUUUUCACCAUUUAACUGAUGAUUACUUCUUUCUCUGAUUGUAAAUUUGGCUGUGUUAACUUUGUUAUCGUGGAGCUUGUACAAUCACAAAGACCAGAGAAUGAGAAUGCUGCCUCUUUAUACAUGCUUAUUUUUUAACAUGAUGUUUUUUUUAUAUAUAUAUCCCUGUAUUUCUGUAUGGUUUGCAGUCUUGAUGUUUAUAUAGCUGCACUGCUUUCCUUUCAAACAAGUAACUGGCUCUGAAUCUAAAGUUAUAAAUAAACAUGCCUUGAAGAGUAAGUGCAGGAAGCUUCAAAUGUCAUUUUCUUUUUUUUGCUCUUACAUGUUAUGAUUUUUGCAAGCAUUCUUAUUGAGUGAUUCUGUGUUAAGAUGCUUUGAAGAUUUGCUUUGCCUGCCAUAGACAUAUGUAGUGUCAGCUAGAUCUGCCAAAGUGUUUUACAUUGGUAAUCUCCAGCGCCAUCUAGUGCAACAACAGUGUAUUGCCAGCAAAACAGGAAACUUGAUCCAAAGUGUCAAAUCACAAUAUGGUGCUGACUGUUCCUUCCAUAAGCUUGCUUUGGCUGAUCUACAUCACAUACAUCUAUAGCAGGCACUUAGAACUGAAAAGCUGCCUUUGAACUCCAGUGAAAGCACCAUAACACAGACUUACCAAAAACAAAAAAACAUGUUUGCAAUAUAUAAACCACUUUGAAUCAUUGCAAACAUCAUAACAAUGGCAAGGGACAGUAAAAAAAAAAUCAUUAAGAAAAUGAAAUUGAACAUGUUUACUCUUUAUUUAUUACUUGUGGGCAUGUGCUGGAUGUCAGUAAAUGCUUGAAUUCCUCUCUCAAAACAGAUGCCUCUGGUAUAAACUGUUUCUGUCAGCUGUGCAGCACGUUAGACAGUGGAACGUCUUGUAAUCAAAAGUUGUGUCUCAAGAUUUUGUAAUGAAACUAAAUAAGUGUUUGUUUGUUUUUUUGUUUUUUUACUCUGCUUUUUCAGAUGUGUCUUGUACCCAACACAGAUGUUUCCAUGUCUAGUUGCAAAAAGAUUUUGCAUUUAUUGGGACGAUAAAUAUUCAGUUAUUAGUCCCAGAAAUUUUAAAGACAGGUUGUUCGUUUUAAUUAUGAAUUGAAAUGUAAUUUUCUUUUUUUUUUUUUUUUUUACCAAAAUCACUUGAUUGUUGGAAAACUGAUGCAUAUAAGUGUAAGGGAAAACUGAAAAUAAAACUGGUCUAGAGAUAUGUGGAUAGAA